AAAUUUGACUAUGAAGAACAGGAUGUUGAACGCAGACGUACCGAAAACACAUGCUAAAAGCAGCAAACUAGAAUAGAUUCAAUCACUUCGACCUUCCAACAAGAACAUGUCUUCUCGUUCUUCUACUACACGUCACAGGACAAAGAUGUGCCAAGCACGUUGCUUACCAUCGAAAGCGCACCACAUCUUUCGUUUGGCUGCGGUAACAGGAAUAUUCUUCGUCUCACCGCCUCUCGUGUCGGCAGAGGCACCAGGAGACUCUGGUUAUGAUGUGUCAUCCGUACCUGAAGACAAGCUACGCUCAGCCUAUUUCGCAGGUGGCUGUUUUUGGGGUGUUCAAUCACUUUUCGAUGGCCAUUGGGAAGGAGUAAAAGACGUUUAUGUCGGGUAUAUGGGAGGCAAAAGCGAAAACCCAACUUACGAGGAAGUUGUGAGUGCGGGAAAGCAAGCGACAGCGAAAAAGCAGGCUGGUGGUGGCGAAACAGAUGUUAUGACAUCGUGUACUAGUACUCAACAGUGAGAUAUUGACUCCAGAAUGUGCGCCAAUGACUCCAUCAAUGACGCAAUAAUAGGUCGUAAACAAGUUGUUGUACUUCCUCCCUCUAACUCCCACGUCCACCUCGAGGCCAUCCAAAUCGUCUAUGACCCGGAGAGAGUCAGUUUUGGGCAACUGACAAGGCACUUCUUCGAAAUCCAUGACCCGACGCAAGUGGACAGACAGGGUCCAGAUGUGGGAGUCCAAUAUGCCUCACGCAUCUGGUGGAACGAUCAGAAAGAGCUGGAGACGAUUCGGCAUAUUGUGGGGUUGUUGGAGAAAAAGGGAUAUAAGGUACUCACCUUGCUUCUAUUCCUCGCUACUGUAGUUACAGUUUUGUAUUUUACUCAUCACAUCACUUCACCUUAUUCCCUCCGUUAACAUGGUUGUUGAUCUUGUUCUUGACAUAAUUGACAAAAAAGACAUCUCAUCCCUCCACAACACUAAAUACCAGGUAGCGACAACCUUCGAAAAGCAUCGUGCAAGCGACCACAAAUUCUGGCACGCAGAAGACUAUCACCAAGACUACUACGUCAAAAAUGGUCAGGAACCAUACUGCCACCACCAUGAGGAUAGAGGCCUUGCUUAUGACAGGGACACCGGUGAAAUUGUGGCGGAUACUGUUACUGACGAUUUGUAGCAUAUCCUUAGGGAAGAUGCGGAUGCGAAAUAGUGGCAGAUACUGAUGAAUGGUAGUAUUGUUGGGUGUGAAUGCGGUCCAAGGAUACGCUUUGAGGUGAUAGGGAUUAGGGAAGCUCCAUGCACAGGGGGAGCGAAAAAUCAUCCAUCUACUCUGCUGCUCCAAUACGUUCCAGUGUAAAAACAAACGGGAGAGCACUGUAGACGUUUCCGGUUCGAGAUAUAUUUGGCUCUUGGCCGCGUGGUAUUAGCUACCAUACUACUAGCAAGGCUAUUCCUUGUCCUCAAGCAGUCGGGAGUCUAGUCCCUUCACAAUUAUUCCAUGAGAAGAACAUAGAGGCAUUCUCUUCGGAGAAGACAAUCUUCUUGAAUACUCCUCAAAAGUAGACUCUUAAACCACUACGCAGACACACGAAGAUAUCUCUCUGCUAAUGCACACGAACGCCACGUAUAUGAUAAGUAGAGAGUUCUUUCUUGCUAAACCACCUAAACACGAGCAAUACUUUGAACUGGCG